AUGGGCAAAUCCUCAAAGGAUAAGCGGGAUGCUUAUUACAGGCUUGCUAAAGAGCAAGGUUGGAGGGCGCGCAGCGCAUUCAAGCUUCUUCAAUUGGAUGAAGGUAACGUACACCCCAUUCCCAACCACUCUCGCUCUCAAUGGACCUAUACUGACGAUAUAAUUCCAGAAUUCGACCUUUUCAAAGACGUCACCCGCGUGGUCGAUCUCUGCGCAGCGCCGGGAAGCUGGAGCCAGGUUCUAUCCCGGGUGCUGAUCAAGGGCGAAAAAUUCGGUCGGAGGGCAUGGGAAGAUAAAGAUGCGAAAAUACUGCAGAUGCUACGCGGGAUAAUAAAACCGCAAUCUGCAGCGGAGAGCGAAGAAUUUAGUGGAGGGGAGGAAUUGAGGCCGAGGAAAGACGUCAAGAUCGUCGCUAUCGAUCUCCAGCCCAUGAGUCCCCUUGAGGGAAUCAUAACCCUCAAAGCCGAUAUCACGCACCCUGCAACCGUUCCUCUGCUCCUCCGCGCCCUCGACCCGACGUACGACUCGUUGUCCGAUUCCCAGCAUGCCUCCCAUCCCGUUGACCUGGUGCUUUCGGACGGCGCGCCGGACGUUACGGGUUUGCACGAUCUAGACAUCUACGUGCAAUCGCAACUCCUCUUCGCAGCGCUAAACCUCGCCCUCUGCGUUCUCCGCCCCGGCGGGAAAUUCGUCGCGAAGAUAUUCCGCGGUCGGAAUGUAGACUUGCUAUAUGCACAGCUGAGCAUCUUCUUCGAAGAGGUCGUGGUUGCGAAACCGAGGUCUAGUAGGGCGAGUAGUGUCGAGGCAUUUAUCGUCUGCUUGAAUUUCCAGCCUCCAGAGGGCUUUAGGCCUAGUCUCCAGGACCCGAUGGGGGUUGGUGAUAAGCUGGAGAAGAUGGUUAUGACAAAGGUCGAGCAAGAGCCUAUUGUUGCGUCGACGGUGUUGCAGGAUCCGGUAACAGGGACUUGGUCAACUACGCAGACGAGACCUGCGCUAAGGGGUAAAGGUGGCAUUGUGGAGCUCACGCUUCCAGAUGAUGAUGCAGAUAUGAGGAAGGAUACCAAAUGGAUUGCUCCGUUUUUGGCGUGUGGUGAUCUUUCGGCGUUCGAUGCGGAUGCUUCAUAUCACCUACCCAAGGAUCGGAUAACUCUUGAUCCCGUGCAGCCUCCCACUGCGCCCCCAUACAAGCGGGCUUUGGAGAUGAGGAAAGCUGCGGGGGGAGGCUAUGGAAAGACUAGCCUUGCUUGA